GUGUUGCCGUACCGAGUGCUUUGUGACGCGGGAGGUGCAGUGUUUGAUUUUUUUUCCCUCGCUUACUGAAAAACCCGUAUUUCACUAUUAAAAAUUCACUAUUGACAACUCCAGUGAAGCGCCAAUUGAACCCAAUCCAUAAUCGAAUUAAAAAAUCUCAUAACACACCCCCGGAAAAACGACAACGAGGUUGUUUUUCAGGGUGUGCCCAAAGCGACACCCGGCGUCGUCAAGGUACUUAUCGUUGCGUUGGUAGAGCGGCACAAGAUAACGAAUGAUGUGUGAGCGAGUAGGAAGGAGGAUCCAAGUGUAGAGGAAAAGAACGACAGGCGCUUCGUCGAGUUAUUGACAGAGACGGAAAUCAACCGGGGGGAGAAGAAAAAAAAAAAUCCACACCGAGUGAGAUGGACAGUGGGCUCUGCUCGUUGGAUUGGAUGAGGACGCAUUGAGUGUUGUUCUGAAUCGUGAGAGCUGCUUUUACCUCCAGGACUCGUAGCUCAAACCAGCCACUGAUACUCGUGCAUCGCCACACGUACAUCAUAUGCACAAAAUAACAGAAUAGGUGAACGUGCAGUCCUCCCCCCCCCUCCCUCCCUGCGACCACCCCUUGUUGCUGGACGCAUGUCGUGCGCUUUUUGGCAUAAUCUCUCGGGGCCUUUUUUUUUAUCAUUUCUUUUUUAUUCGCACUCUUGUUCAGGUGAACGUGUAUUUGUGUAUAACCAUGCGCCGGGUGUAAAGGAUAAGUGUGCGCGCAGAGGAGCGAUAGGAGAGGAAGAGUGCGCGGUGGACGCGCCCGCUGUCGGUGAAAAAAGGGUGUGCGUGUUAUAAUCGAGAGGUGAAAAAAAAUAAUAAUAAAACGUGUAUGUAGUGGUGUGCUUGGGCCCUCGAUAAAUAUCAAUCAAUUGGAUUUUAAUGUUCACGUAGACUUGGUGUUAGUGGAUUUGUGGUAAACAGUACGAGGGGAGGUGUGCAGGAACUUAAUGUGAAUGAAGUCAUUUGGAUAUUUCUCGGAGGAAGGUGAUUUUUCAGGAUUUUUUUUUUUUUUGUCGUUAGGUUGGGAAAAGUAAAUAACCGUGGCCGAGAGAAACGCCAGUGAGGAAGAACGAGAAAAGGAGGAAAAAAAAAAGGAGCAGGUGUCUUCGGUGCCGGUGUUCGUCCGACUGUUCGUCGUCGGGAGGUCUAAACACGAUUGAAUACAAUGAAUUGGACCAAUGCCGGAGGUGCUUGUAACCGUGGAACUGAGAGAGGAGUAUCCUGGAGAUAGUUGGCUGUCCAACAAGCCAGGAUUGAUACGAGUGAUUACGUAUGUGAUGACGAGUUGGUGAUUGUGGCUGUGAUAUUGAGAGAUGAUUAUUGGAAAUGCGUUUGUCGAAAAUAGGGAGUGAUAUGUGGUGAAACAAGCGGUGAAUUGUGAAGACGUGAAAGGAUCGAAGGGGGAAUUCAGAGAGAUUAUAAACGAAGAUAGAGAGGGAGAGAGAGGGAGAGAGGAAAGAGUGGGAGAGUUGAAAAAAGAAAGAAAAGGCGAUAGAGAUCUCGAGUGUGGAGUAGAAAUAGUGGAGCGAGUGGUAGCGGAAACGAGGUGUACAAGGGUGUGUAGAAAUAGGUGAUAAGUGAUGUGUUCGAUGGACGAGGAGCGUCUUGUGGGUGGUGGUCGGGGUUCAAGCGCUUUAACCAUCGGAUCCUAUACGGGAUCGGCGAGUAAAGGCGUCGAGUCGGUGGCAAGGCUGGCGGGCGCCGGGGAAACGGUUCCAAGGGCAUGGCGACCACGCCAAUAGGCGGUCGCCUCCCUAAUUCAAACCGCAAAGGAAUAUCGCCGUGCACGGCGAUACCAGCAACACCGACAAGUGUCGGUGAUAAGAGCGGUAACAGCUGUAAUAAUCACACUGUUCAAAAUAAAUGUGAGCGUAAAAAUAAUCGUGAUUGUGGUAAUUAUCAGGAACAAAUUAGAAAAUCGAGUUUUGAUAAGUCAGCGACGUGUCGUGAGGUGAAAAAAAUAAGCACAGUGGCUGCUAACGCCGGGGAAACGGACACGGCCGCGUCAAAUGCGACCAAUAACUUCGAGUACGACGACAAUGAAUGGGACAUUGGCAUAGGCGAUCUUAUAAUCGACCUUGAUGCUGAUAUAGAGAAGACGAGGGACGAGAAAUUGAGCUCGGGAAACGGGAUGGCUUCAACGCCUGCCUCGGCACCAACAGCCACAACAAAUCAGAAUCAUCAGGUACAGCAGAAUUCAACGACUGGACAGAAUUCAUCAUCGUCAACAAUAAUUUCAAGUGGUAACGGUCAGUCAGCCUCUUUAUCGUUGUCGUGCUCGUCGUCCACCACCGCGUUACCGUCCUGCGGUGUUAAUUCAUCAUCAGUUAAUACAACAAAUUCCGUUAAUUCGGCUAAUACUAGUGGUAAUACAACAACAGCCAGUAAUACAAAUAAUACUUCAACGGGCAACGGUCCAACUGGUAAGCAACAACCCGGCGCGGUUAACGCGGUACACACGAACGCCGGAAAUCCCGGCAAAAUGGCUGUUGAACAUUCGGCCACUGUUGACAAGGGCCUCAAAAUGAAGAUAAAACGCACUAAACCAGGUACAAAAACCAGCGAGGCUAAACACGAAAUUGUCAAGUCCAAUGAGAUUAAUGGUACAUCAUCAUCCCAAGACGGUACUGGCAAUUCUUCAUCAUCAAAUUCAUCAUCAUCAUCGUCAACAUCAUCGACAUCAUCCUCAUCGUCGACAUCAUCCCAAAAUUCAAUUGCCGAAGUAACGAGCAAUAAUUCCUCAUCAUCAUCCAACAAAUCCAAGCCCCAUUCACCAGCAUCAGCGGCAUCUGGCCCACAGGCCUCAUCAACGGCUGGCUCAAAACGUGGCUCAAGUGGCCAUCGUAGGGACAAAGCCCGGGAUAAACACGAAAAACAACCACAAAGUAAUCACGGACCUCAGCAAACUAAACCCGAGAUGAAUGGUACAGCGAGACCAGUAUCGCAAAAUCAAAAUUCAACUGGUGCUGCUGCACAAUCUCAAGGACCAACUCCUGCUGCAACAGCACCACAACAGACCCAAGGCCCACCACCAAGCUCGAGAACGGGUUUUCCGGUGGCACAGGGCGCUGGGCCACCUGCAACAAGUGCAGCAGCCCCUUGUCCACCACCGAGUCCAGCAUCAGCUACAGCUGCUGGCUCUGCUGCUAAGCCGGAACAGACUAAAGUUGCUGCUGUACCUGGACCAACACUCAAUACAACUGUGGAUGAGGCCAUGGAUACGGCCGCCUGUAGUCCACCACCAGCAAAAAAAUUAAAAACUUCGAGUACUGAGCCAAAGGAUAUGUCAGACGUGUGCGUUGGAACGAGUGUCGGUACCAUAACAGAACCAGAAUGUCUGGGGCCGUGUGAACCUGGUACCGCGGUAACACUAGAGGGAAUAGUUUGGCAUGAGACAGAAGGAGCAGGUGUAUUGGUCGUUAAUGUAACGUGGCGGGGUAAAACCUACGUCGGCACCCUGUUAGACUGUACCCGCCACGAUUGGGCGCCACCACGUUUCUGUGAUUCCCCAACAAGUGACUUGGACGCGAGAACGCCAAAGGGCCGAGGAAAGCGUGGUCGUGCCGCGGCAAAUGCCACACCUGGCAAUGACCUCAGUAAUUUCACCGAGACACGUAGCUCGGUACACAGUAAAUUACGAAAUGGUGGUGCAAAAGGGCGACGUGGUGCCCAAGGUUCACCAGCAGCUAGCCCAAGCCCAGCGGCAUUUGUCCCACCGAGGCCAGAUCCAGCGGCAAAGAGAAAGUCACGUGGCCCAGAAGAUGAGGAGAAGACGAAGAGAAGAGCAACAGCAGUGGCACCACCACCAACACCACCCAGUGGUUCCCCACCGGCUAGUCCAGUAUUGAUUGAAUGUCCGGAGCCAAACUGUAGUAAAAAGUACAAAAAUAUUAAUGGCCUGAAGUACCAUCAGAGCCAUGCCCACGGUUCUGCCGACGAUGACGAUACAAAAGAGGGUAUAACGAGUAUGUCGGAGAAUGACGAAAGUAAUAUUGAGGCACCAAGUCCAGCGACGCCAGUAAAAUCACCAGCAGACAAGCCAGAAGGUACUCCAGUGAGGCCAACGAGUCCACCAGUAGUACCACCUGAAACACCACCACCCAGAGUACCAUCUCCAACGGCCGAUCCAACGCCAACAAUUGCCGAUAAAACAAGUAUCGUCAAACCAGGUGUUUUGAGGUUUGGUCAGGAGGAUCUACCGGCGCCAUCGAUUCAAUCGAGCCCGAGACCGCCGCCUGUGCAGCAAAAUCUCGUGCAACCAGUGCCAACAGCACCAGUCCAACCCGUCAAUCCCCCGCAGAGCCCCAGUCCCCAUCCAAGUCAAUCUCCAAGGCCAGUACCAUCGCCCCACUUAACAACAAACAUUCCCCAGCCCAUCAACAUCCCCCAACCGCCUCAGCCGACUCAGGUGGUACAGCAUCAGGUCCAGAAUCAGAUGUUACAAGCGCCCCAGCCACUGAUGACACAGCCCCAGCCACCGAGUCAGCCGCAGACAUUACCGAGUCCUCAACCAUCCCAAAUUCAGCCUGCUCAUCAGAUUCCUAUUCAACAUACACCGCAGUUGGGCCAGCAACCGGCGCCAGCUCACAUGGUGCAUCAGACACCACUCCCCCAGCAGCCAGUGCCACCAGCUCAGACAUCCCAGUCUCAGCAGGCGAAUCUUCAGAGCUUAAAUCAACAUCCUGGCUUGAGCAUUCCCACUCAGAUGAGCCAGCAACCUCUUCAGAAUCCGACAGCUGGGCAUGCUGUGCCCUCGCACAUGCAGUAUCCCAGUGUCGGCCUGCAUGGCAAAAUGCCGCAGUUUAAGGUGAAGCCAACGGCAGCACUGAUGCCAGAACAGGACAAGAGCAAGGAUCCGAGAGCGCCGAAGCCCCAGGGAUACAAGAAAAAAUCGAGAAAAUCACCUGGUGGUAGCCCUCAUCCCUCGCCCCUGGAGGCCCCCAUGGUGGAUCCAGCGAGAGAAGAUGUCCAGAGUCCUGCAUAUUCGGACAUAUCCGAUGAUGCAGCACCAGUGCUGGAGGCUGAAUCAGCGGACAAGGCGAAGCAGGGACAAGAGAAGGAGAAAGCCACUGGUCAAACUCAUUUGCCCCCUCACUUCAGUAUGUAUCCUUACUACGGCCAGCCUCCCUAUCUGGUCCCCAAUGUACAGGACAAGCAGAGUGACCAGAAGCCAAGUGAUCUCACUCCCAAGCAGGAGUUGAAGCCCUUGAACAUCCCACAAAUGCCGUCAAUGGCGAGCCUUCAGAAUCAAGACAAAGAGAAAAAGGAUCUCAAUCCUCCCCAGCAGCAGGCGCACUACUACGGUGGCUAUGGUAGUUACAUUCCCUCGGGUUAUCCAUAUCAACCCCAGCCAGUCAGCCAGCCGCAGCAGCAGCCACCGCCGCAAAAUGACCAGGACCACGAGCAGAAAAAUAAAAUCAAGCAGGAGCCCCAGCUGCCCAGUAUGAAAGACAAGCAGCACGAGAACCAUCAAAUCCUGAAGGAGAGUAUUGAGAUGAAGAGCCAAAUGAGCCCUUAUCACGUGUAUCACGGACAGAAUCGUCAGCCGGCGCCACCAGUGCAGGAUGACAGGAGGUAUUACUUGUAUCCCGAGCAGAGGAGAAAGGAGGAGGUGGUGAAGCCACCUCAGCAGGCGAAACCACCACCGCCAAGCCCCAAGCACCAGUCGAAACAGGAGAAGCCACAAGAUUUGGGGAAGAGCGACGAGUCGAAGAGCAAGCAGGAGGGAGUCAAACCGACAAUGGAGACACAGGGUCCACCUCCUCCACCGACGUCUCAGUACGCUUACAUUCAUCCUGGUGCUUACAUGCCAGCACAGCAUUACGGAGGGCUCACUUUCGACCCUGGUCAUCCGGUUUACAGAGGCCUCAGUCCCAUAAUGGUACCAGGUCCCUACUCCGGCAAUCCCUACCUCCAUCAAAUCCCGAGGUAUCACGCACCCGAGGAUCUCUCGAGGCCACCUGGUGGAAAAGCGCUCGAUCUCCUUCAGCAUCAUGCCAAUCAGUACUACUCAGCGCACAAAAUUCAUGAACUCCAGGAGCGAGCCCUAAAAUCACCAACUCCAAAGACAUCGGCUGCCUCAGCAAGUCCUUCAGCAGCAGGUCCAACCCCUGCCAGACCGCCCAGUGGUCCACCAACGUCUGUCGCUGGCCCUGGACCACCCAGCAGUCAAGGACAACAGCAAGGAAAACAACAGGGACCUGGAAAUCCACAACAAUCAGCACCUGGUGAUCCUGGCAAUGGUGGUAUUGGGAAAGACAGUAGGUCACCACCACCCCAGAGGCACGUUCACACACAUCAUCAUACUCAUGUUGGACUGGGCUAUCCUCUUUUGACGGGACAGUAUCCCGCGCCUUAUGGAGGUCGAGAGUGAUUCGGCUGUGGAGAGUGAUGCCCUGAGCGGGAACAAUUCUACAACGCUACGUGAGAAUAUGAUAAAUAUACUGUUGUAUAUAAACGCCAUGACGCGGCAUAUGAUAAAUUGCCAGCACAAAAUCAUCUUGUGGAUAGUUAUCUUCUUUUAUUAUUAAACGAGGACAAGUGCGAUUUUUUUUCCAAGCGUUGAUAAUGCUAACAAUAUUGAAGAAUCGUCUAGUUAGGUUUUAAAUAAACAUAGGAUAGUUCAGACUGUGAUAAUUAUUUAUCGUGCUUCUCUCUAAUCGUAUGUUGUCGAAAUAAUACAACACAACACACACACAAAUUGAUCAUGGUAAAUCAUAACGUGUUUUUAAUAAUCCGAGGAGUAGCUCAAUCACGUCGUGAUGGAGAUUGUCACUGUGGUUAAUUGAUAAAAUUGUUCAGUCUUCCAGAACUGGCAUGAAGAUUACAAAUUUUUCAUCUCCGUAGUCUCAUUAUUUUAACCAUUUUAUUGAUUGAUUUCAUGCAAAGUGAAAUUUUCUGUUAGCAUCCACUGCCAAUGACCCUCAAUGUGAGCAAAAGUGAACACAGUGUCGAUUAAUUUACGAAUAAAUUAAUAAAAUUCCCCCCGAGUCCCCAUCAACAUUAUUAAUGAUGAAAUAAUAGAGGCCAAACCUGACGUGCGAGCUGGAGUCGGGCGGGAUCGCUGAUGGUUUUAUUCAAGACUUAAUUUGGGUGAUUCAGGACCGAAGGGGUAAACGGUUCAAGUCAAAUUGCUUCUCAGCCAGCUCUUCGACGAAUAUCUUCGGGAUUGAGGGAGAUAACAGAAUUUUCGAUAAAAUCCUUUUUCUAGAGUGGAUUGAGAGCUACAAAGGUUAUCACAAAAAUUCUGCUAUCUCCCCCACAUCUCAAGAUAUCCAUUGAUAACUUGGUAGUAGUCAAGAUCGACUUCCAACCGUUUUCCCAAUUAGUUUCUGAACGAUCGAAGCAUUCAAUCAAGAUAAAAAUUAACAGCUGUUUAAAUAAUUUGAUUCGUAACAAGGAAGUCAUUGAUGAUCUUAACGUUAACGAAUGUAUGUUUUGCAGCGGCCGUGCUGGCGAGUCAGCAGGCUGCCGCUGUAGCCGCCUCGGUGAUCUCGCCCUUCCCGCCCAAGUGACCCGCGGCCCCCGCACCCAUACACGCAACCGGAAAUUCAGCACAAACCCACCACACACAUCCGACAUCCACCGCAACCGGUGGCAGUGUGGUACACUCGCACGCCAAUACAGGCAGGCAGCCGUAGGACCCAUUGCUGAACACUUUGUCGAUUCCUUGUGAUAAGACCUGGGUUAUUCCCCCAGGAUCAUUCGAGAUCAUUGAUUAUUGUUGAUGGUGACGUGGGCCCAGGGGAUUCUUAUUGAAAGGUGGUAAAUCAUCGGUGAAAAUCGAAGCGAGAAUUCUUCAAUAAGUUUCUCAAAAAUAUUUUUUUUUGUUACAUUCAUUUGCUCGAGUCCUUGCGAAUGUGUACAACAGAAUAUUGUAACGGAAGAAAUAUCUUCCUAUCUAUAUAGAUUAUCGAAAUUUUCGUCGUAGGAUUUAUCGUAGGGUGAAGUGAGAGCAGGAAAAAGUGUCUCGACAACAUUUUUUUUAUUUCCGUUGAAUCACGAACUGGCAAUUGUUAUCAUUUGUCAACGAUGAUUUACCACUUUGCCGAUCAGAUUUCACUCGCGAUGAGGUGUGAACAUGGUUCACUGAUAAAUUCAAAAUGGAUCUCCAUACCUAGAAUUAUGUUUUUUAUUAUUCCAAAAAAAAUCAGUAGGCGCUAUUACUUAAUGCAAUGAAAAUAUUAAAAAAUGUAUAAAGUAUAGAGAAAGACAGGUGGGAGAUGAAUCCCUAAAAAUGUCAGCAUUUCACGUAUAUUUUAAUGAAGAUAAUGGACAUUUGACCCGCGGGAAGACCCCUGAAAUUGCCAGCAUUUAUACCUAAAUACGAUUUUGGAGAAAAUUUCCACAAACACCAUUGCCUCGGCAUUACGAUUUACUGAGUGAUUUUAUUUUUAAAAAUAUAAUUAUUCUUGAAAUCAUAUCUGUAGAUAAUUAUACGUGACACUAACCAACCCUAGUGUCCCACAGACUUUUUUUUGUAAUUCAUUGAACGUUGAUAAAUUGAUUCAAGGCCUCUCGGAUUGACAUCCAAUUAUAAAAAGGAGAAACUUCUCAGAAUUCUCACGAAAAAAAAAAACUAAAAUACGGCUAAUACUCUGUAUCGACUACGUAGUUUGUAAAUGAAUCGAGGCAAUUUUGGACAAAAGCCUUGACAGGGGUAGUGAAAUCCUUGAGUGACUUGUAAAUAUUGUAAUUAAAUGAAAAAAAAAAAUGUCAGUGUAUACAUGAGCGUAUACCCACCAGGCAUGAGACGGUACGGUCUGUACAAAGAUUUUAAUAAACGAAUGGAGUUAAAGAGAGCAUAAUUAUCCAGGUCAGGAAUUUAUAUCAUGGGAAUACCGUCUUCUCUUCCACUGAAAUGAAGAGGAGGAGAGAGAAUUUAAUUCACUCGAUGAAUUUGUGGAGAUGGCAGUGAGCCAUGAAAAUCAUGAAUAUGCAUGGCCAUUGAGGGGAUUGAUUCAACACAGAGUAUUCCGAGACCACAAUGAUAAUAACGACAAUGCAGAUGAAAAAAAAACCCAAAAUUAUUAACAAUCUGCUUUUGCAUAGAAAGUCCGGGUAGACUGAAACUUGCGCGUGUCUGUGCGUCGAUUUAAAUGAAUUAGUUGAAUUAUUUAACAGUGAAUGAUUCACACAAUUAUUGACAUACAACUGGACAUUAACGUGAGUCAUAUGUGAGAGGAUAUUUCAUUGAAAUUUGUAAAAUAUUUAAAUAACGAUGUAAGUGAGUGUGUAGUUCUUGUGCAUAGUAAAAAUGUAUAAUGUAUGAGAAAGUAAAAACAUAACAAUUGUGUGAUAGAUUGUCGAAAAAUCCACUGUCCGAAUCAAUGUAUUUUAUUGUAAAGAAAAUAAUAAUAAUACUGCAGACUUCGAUUUUUGUAGGGACGAGUGAAUGACUGUGAGCGUGAGGUAAAGAAAAAUAUUGUUUGAAUAAAAUCAUGAAAAAUCAAUUUACAAAAUGAUAAAUGCAUAACAAUACGAUCUUAUAUCUAUUAGAUGAAAAUAGAUUUAUUAUGUAAUGGACAACAGAUUUGAGGAAAACAAAGUGAAUGAUUAAAGAAUUAUAUAAAGGAUAUUUGAUAAGUCACAAGAGAAAUCAUGAUUCUAAAUAAUUAAGUGGCGUUAAGUAAUUGUAAAUCGAUAAAAAAUAAUAAGUAGAAUGCUAUUUGUUUACUAAAAAUAAUCAUAGUUAAUGGGGAUGAGUGAAGGAUGAGUGUUGACGUGAGAAUCUGAGAGCAGAGAGAACGGUAAUGCGCAUGUAGUGACAGUGAAAACUUGAGAUGGAAACGAAAUAAAAAAAAAACAACUAGUAAUGGGUAAAUAAAAAUACAAAAAACGUAUUAAUUAUUAUAAAUAUACAAUUAUACAAUUUAGGUAAAAAAAACAACUACAUAAUAUUAGUUCGGUAACGAUUUAAUUACGAUUUAUUAUUUUAUUUUUAUUAUCAUCAUUGCCAUUGCGAUAAUGAGAGAAACAAAAAAAAAUGUAUGAACACACUUUGUGAUCCUGUAGCAGGGUCACAAAGUUAAUUAUUGGACAGCAUAGUGUUGCAAAUGCCAAAUCAAAAGAACAGUUAAUGUGUGUCAUUAUAAUUUUCUAAUGACUAAACAAAAUGAGAUCCAAAAUCAUAAAUUUCACAUUACUGAAACGAAAUAGAAGCGAAACACAGGGGGUGCCUCAGUUUUAAUGGGGCCUCCACAUGCGGAGAAGGGGUAGGCUUUAAAGUAAAUGCUGGUGCUGUGCUGUGAUUUUUACUAAAAACAUGAAAAAAUAAAUAAAUAAAAAACAAAAAAACGUAACGAUAAACAGAAUGGAGGGAAUUACCGACGACGAAAUGAAAAAGCUUUUUAUGAAAAUAUGCAGAUAGCCUAAGUACCUGGAUCCUGCCCUGCGCUCUCCGCCAGCUACUGGAGUUUAAAUAAAAUCGAAAAUUAAUAACAAUUGUGUAACGUUUGUAUAGGCUGUACAAUGUAUUUGCUUUGGAAGAUGAAAAGAUUAAAUUGAAAACGUAUAAAUUGUUUCAAAAAUUGACUCGUUACAAGUGGAGAGAGAGUGAUGGAUCUGUCUCUUGGUUAUCGAGUGCGUUUUACUAUUUUACCCGAGCUAAAAAAAAUUUUCUAUCGAGUUUAUUAAAUUCAAGGUAAUUAGUCGAGUUGUAAUUGAACAAUUGGAUGACAAAACUCUGUGAAACGAGAUCCGUGGGAAAUUAACUAUGAAAAAUUGACUGAUACUGUUAAAAUCCUAACGCAUCAACUUUAUUUUUAUUCGUUAGGGUGAAUAUAGCAAACCGUUGGGCUUUAUAUAUUACAUAACUCGAAUAUAUAAACACGCAAUUAACACAUUACGUACAGAAGCAAAUACAGAGAAAACAAGUUAAUAAAAGUGCAGACGUCUUGUCGUUAAAUUGUAAGAUAUUGUGUUCAGACUCCGGAAAUGUACUCUGACCCCUUCCCCCAGACUACUAUAUAUUAAAUAUAUUGUGCACUAUGCUCCGACUUGUCCAUACAAAUAAAUAUAUUAAAAAAUCUCA